AAAAAAAAAAAAAAAUCCUCAUUGGCAAAGAAGGCUCGUUCUCUCACUGUAUUUCAACGAUUUGCUCAUCCCCUUUUACUUCGCUCCGCCGGCCGCAAAGCGUUCGACGUCGAUCCGGACAAUCUACGGCAUCUCCGAUUAACAUUAGCAAGCAGCGAAUCACAUUGUUCGUGCGUAAUCACGGGGAAAUAGCGCAUCUUCGUGUAUAAAUUAACUCCAGGUUCGGGAUUAAAGUUACAGCGGGUUCAUGGCUCAUAGGCUAUUGAGAGAUGUUGAAGCUGAUGGAUGGGAGCGAUCUGACUUUCCGAUUAUAUGUGAAUCGUGUCUUGGUGACAGUCCAUACGUUCGAAUGACUAAAGCUGAUUAUGACAAGGAAUGCAAGAUUUGCACCCGACCCUUCACUGUCUUUAGGUGGAGGCCAGGUCGUGAUGCUAGAUACAAGAAAACUGAGAUAUGUCAAACCUGCAGCAAGUUGAAGAAUGUUUGCCAAGUUUGUCUUCUGGAUCUUGAAUAUGGAUUGCCAGUUCAGGUCCGAGACACUGCGCUUAGUAUCAAUUCCAAUGAUGCCAUUCCAAAGAGUGAUGUGAAUAGAGAAUACUUUGCUGAGGAGCAUGACCGCAGGGCAAGAGCUGGGAUAGAUUAUGAAUCUUCGUAUGGGAAGGUCCGUCCAAAUGAUACUAUUUUGAAGCUUCAACGAACUACCCCAUACUACAAGAGAAAUCGAGCUCAUGUUUGCAGUUUUUAUGUUCGGGGUCAAUGUACAAGAGGUUUGGAGUGUCCUUAUAGGCAUGAGAUGCCUGAAACGGGGGAGCUGUCACAGCAGAAUAUUAAAGACCGCUACUACGGGGUAAAUGAUCCAGUUGCAUUAAAGUUGCUCAGCAAGGCUGGGGAAAUGCCUUCUCUGGAGCCCCCAGAUGAUGAGAGCAUUAGAACUCUUUACGUGGGUGGGGUUGAUGCAAGAAUCACCGAGCAAGACCUUAGAGAUCAAUUCUAUGCACACGGUGAAAUUGAGUCUGUAAAGAUGGUAUUGCAGCGUGGAUGCGCUUUUGUAACAUAUACAGCCAGAGAAGGAGCAGAGAGGGCAGCUGAGGAACUGGCAAACAAGCUGGUAAUAAAGGGCCUGAGGCUAAAACUACUCUGGGGAAGACCACAGGCACCAAAGCCCGAGUUUGAGAUCACUGAUGAAGCAAGACAGCAGCAGGCUACUGUGGCUCAUAGUGGUUUGUUGCCAAGGUCUGUGAUAUCACAGCAGCAGAACCAGCCUCUACCGCUCCCUGGUGGUAGCCAGGACCAACCUCCACCUAUGCCUUACUUCAACAUUCCACCAAUGCCUCAGCCGGACAGGGCAUUGUAUCCUUCUAUGGACCCUCAAAGAAUGGGAGCCGUUGUUCCAUCACAUGAGGGUGCUGCUUCAGGGUCGGGCGAAAAUAGAAGUGGUCCUGAUAAGCAACCCCCACAUGGACACCAUUUUGGUUAUCCGCCUGUGCCACCACCACCCCAGGGUCAAUUUUACCCACCUUAUUAUCCACCCUAUGGGUAUAUCCCACCUCCCCCACCGUCUUAUCAACAGUACCCUCCUCCUCCGCCUUAUCAGGCUACAGUGCCUCCACCACCUCCCAGCGGCAACCAAGCACCACCUAAGCAGCAGUCACAGCCCGGACCAGGCCAGCAAUUCCAGCAAAGGCCAGUAGCACAAGGACCAGGACAACAAGAACCGGGACAACAGUCUUAAUACCUGCACCCUUGUUGCUAUUGUAUGAAGAAUAUGUAACAGAAGGCUUAAUUACUGUUGUCAAAAGAUAAUUACUUUUCUGAGCAAUUUAAACUCUAAGCAAUUGAUUUUGUUGAGCUAAUUAAGAUUUGUUUCUUACAAUUUUACCUGACCCCACCCCAGCGAUGAUUAUGUAGAUGGAUGUCUUGAAACCAUGAAUUAGCAGAAAUGAAGUUUAAAAUUUUCCUUGUUC